CUGCCCGUGCAUGCAGCCUCCACCUGCUGAGCCAGCGGAAGCCGUGCUCAGCCAGCCCCAGCCAGCGCCAGGGCUCUAAAACCCACUCCGGCUGCAGAGCCUGUGAGGUGGUGAAGCCUUUGCACCCUGGUCCUGCUGCCGUGGGAAAUCCCAACCCUGCUUGGCACCAGGCAGUGAGGAGUCUGCAGGCAGCAUCAUCUGGCACCAGGAGAGCUGAGCUAUAAAGGUCUGGUUGUGCAAGGAAGCAGAGGGACGACAGGAUGCUGGAGGUCUGCGUGGCUCCCUGCAAGCGGUGAUGUGCCAGCUGGAUCCCUGUGCCACAAGCAGAGCUCAGGAGGGUAUCGCAGCCCACUCCUUCCCCACCGUGUCCCAGCAAGGCUCAGGCCAACAGACGGAGAGCAGCCAUAAGACUUGCUGGGACCUGUGCUAACUCUUGCCACACAAGAUGACAGCAAGAGACGGGCCCCAAGAUAGGUACAAGGCUGUCUGGCUGAUCUUCUUCAUCCUCGGCCUGGGAACACUGCUGCCAUGGAAUUUCUUCAUGACUGCCAGAGAGUAUUUCAUCAGUCGCCUUGUGGACCCGGAGAUGAGCCACGUCGGGAACCAGACUGGCGAGGCCACCUUCACACCCUCCUACCUGCAGUCCGUGUUUGACAACUUCAUGACUCUCUGCGCCAUGGUGCCCCUCCUUAUCUUCACCUGCCUCAAUUCCUUCAUCCACCAGCGGAUUCCCCAGCAGAUCCGUAUCUCAGGCAGCCUGGUGGCCAUUGGGCUGGUGUUUCUAGUCACCGCGAUCAUGGUGAAAGUCCCCAUGGAUCCUCUUCCUUUCUUCGUCUUUACCAUGAUCAGCAUUGUCUUCAUCAACUCCUUCGGCGCCAUUCUCCAGAGCAGCCUGUUUGGGCUGGCAGGGCUCCUGCCUGUCAGCUACACGGCUCCCAUCAUGAGUGGGCAGGGUUUGGCAGGCACCUUCGCUGCUUUGGCAAUGAUCUUCAGUAUUGCCAUUGGUGCCCAGCAACCCGAGAGCUUCAUCGGUUACUUCACCACGGCCUGUGUGACAAUCGUGCUGGCAAUCGUCUCCUACGUAGUUCUGCCUCACAUGGAUUUCUUCCGAUACUACUCCAUGAAGGACAAGACGGAGUACCGCGUGUACAAUGCAGAGCUGGAGACCAAGAGAGACCUGAUUAAGAAAGAUGAGAAUGGGAUGGAGCAGAAUAACUCAAAGGUCAUCCCUGUCCACAACCCUGAUGAGCAGCCCUCUGUCAUUGCUAUUUUUAAGAAGCUCUGGGUCUUGGCUCUGUCUGUCUGCUUCGUCUUCACUGUCACCAUCGGCGUCUUUCCUGCCAUCACAGCUAACGUGUCCACUGUCCUCGGAGAGGGAAACAAAUGGGGUCUCUACUUCAUUCCUGUCUCCUGCUUCCUGCUCUUUAACGUCUUUGACUGGACAGGACGCAGUCUCACUGCCCUCUUCACAUGGCCCGGGAUGAACAGCUGCCUCCUGCCAGUGAUGGUGGUCCUCCGUGUCAUCUUUGUCCCUCUUUUCAUGCUGUGCAACGUGAAACCCCGUUCUUACCUGCCUGUUGUGUUCUCUCAUGACGCCUGGUACAUUGUCUUCAUGAUCUUCUUCUCCAUCUCCAAUGGCUACCUGGCAAGCCUUUGCAUGUGCUUCGGGCCAAAGAAAGUGCUUGUGCACGAAGCAGAGACAGCUGGAGCUGUCAUGGCGUUUUUCCUGUCACUGGGUCUGGCCCUAGGAGCUGCUCUCUCCUUUCUGGUCCGAAUUCUCAUCUAGCAGAGGCACACAGAGGGUGCAGGGACACCAAGAGAUGGCUCCGCAUCCUCCCCUGAGGCCCUGGACACCUCAGCACUGUGGGGAAAUAACAGCUGACACCUGUCCCUGCCAAAUCACACUGCCACAGCAGACAUUACACCCAGGGACGGUUCCACUCCUGCAGGGCUGGCCUGGUUCCUGCCACGCUCGGCUGUGUGAUGCCCUCAGGCCCACGUGCCUUCUCCUUCCCCAUGCUGUGUGUGUUGUAAGACCCCCGGAAUCUCCAAGAAGUCCAGCUGCCUCCCGUGCUGCAUAACUUCCCUGGCUCAAGGCCAAAAGCCUCUUUCUCUCUGAGAGAGUGAAAGGCUGGUAACUAGUGUUACUCCUCUUGCCCGUGUCUCCAAAGCACCUAGGAGAUUCUCUCCUCUCCUCCUAGGGGGCCUGGAAAUAUCCCACACCCCUGCUCCUGCUGAUAGACUUGUGAAUGGUGAGGAGAGCCCCAGCCAGCCUUGCCAUCCCUGCUCUCUGCUAUACGCACAUCCCCCUGACCAGUGGUAUCCCUGAAGUGUAGACAUCUGUGUCCCAGCCACAGAAAGAGCCAACACCAUGGCCAGGCUGAGGGAGGAGGAGGUCUCCACACCCCACCUUCUCCCCCUCUCCUUGCCUCUCUUCCUUUUUUUUUUUUUUUUGUGAUUCUGACAUUGGUUUUUUUUUCAGCCUCCUGGUUGUGUGACAGGAGGCUCUACUGUGGGUUACAAGAGGAAAAGCAGCAACUCCCUUCCCAACAAAGCUGCCUUCCCUACCCAUGUGUGCUACAAGGGAAGGCCUCACCUCUCCCUUGGCUUUCAUGUCCCUUGUCACGUAAAUGUGUCUAUACAGUUGCCAUUUUCUAUAAAAAGAACAAAACGCUC